UUUUUCAAGUUUCUAUUCUUCUAUGAACAUGUUGAUGUACACUGUAGCCUACAUAUUCAGGUGACAUGCACUAAAUAUCACUUGCAUAUCUUGCCUUAUCACAUCUUGUCAAAGAGAAACCCCAAUCCAACACCAUCUUCUUCUGCCGUAGGAGCUCUAACCCUCAUUAUGAUCUCGGUCGUCCUUGUUUCUGCGCUUCUUGCAGUGGCCGCAGGGGCAGGUCAGAAGUCCACGUGUGUGAAGAAUGGGCCCUGUGCGUGUACCUUCGAUGGAUUUACUAUGGACUUAUCAAAGAUGGAGGGACUGGUUGACGAUCAUGCACCAAUGUACAAAGACAAAAAACCAACGCAGAGCGCGGCAAACUUUGUCUACUCCUAUAAACCAUGUUACUCGUUUGACUAUUCAAAUGAAAUGUAUUCUCCCUGCAAAGGAGUGGCAUCCUGCCAGGUCGAUACUACUAAUAGUGAUCAACAAAAUGCUGGCAAGCAGGAGUCUGCCGAGUUCUGGGAGGAGGAUGGGAAGACCAUGCUCAGAUAUUUAGACGAUGCGACUUUUACAUUAAGAGAAACCUAUGUCGAUCUUGUUUGUGCAGGCAGCAAUUCGUUUGAAGUCAAGGGGGAGCAAAUGGGUUCAAACCCAAGCAGAUACGAUUACACUUUGAACACACCUCAGGCUUGCAGACCAGGAGAAGGAGAAGGAGGGGGUCUGAGUGUUGGCUCAGUUCUAUGCAUUUUGCUCGUCGUCUUCAUCGUUGUAUACAUCGUAGGUGGAAUCCUCUUCAUGAAGUUCCGGGUGGGCGCCAGUGGAUUCGAGCUGUUCCCAAACCAGACUUUCUGGAAGGAUUUUCCGGCUUUGAUAAAAGAUGGAACUUGUUUCAUUAUAUCACCUUGCAGAAAAGGCGGCGAAUAUAGCAAACUAUAACGUACGUUGGUCGAUUAAUUGUCAAGACCUCUGCAGUAUAUACACCGCUGAUACAUGCAGAGGCUCACUGUGAGGGGGCCUUCUCAACUUGAGUGCAACCACUCUUGGUUGAACGUAAAUGCAAAAACCCAGCAUACAUGUAUCACUUUAUCAAUCCAUCUCACGCUUAAAUACAUGUUAUACCAUCCUGAGAAUAUCAGAAAUUUUAGGAUUCGUUGCUCUCUCACCACAAAAACUCCUAAGGUCAUUCGCGGCGUUCAGGGAAGUUAGAAGGCUGGUAUAUCAGUUGUGCAUACCAACUGUAUAAGAUAUUCUUCUUGAUUAAUUAUUCACGAUUUUUGUAAGAAAAUAAAAUGUAUUGGUUUUCUGUUA